CGCUGAGUUGAAGAAAAAGAAGCCUUCCAACGCAAACACGGAAUCUCCAUGCCCAGAAGGUGAGAUGACCUACUCUUGUUUUAAAAUAUAUAUAUUUAUGUUUUGUGAGAGGCUGGUGGUCAACGACAGCUUCCUGUCCCUGCCGGAAAUGUUGCGAAGAACCCCUCCCCCUUGGAGGGCCACUUCCGGCCUCGCCUCAGCAGCGCCCUCUGCGCCUGGGAGGCCUUGCAGCAACCGCCGAAAAAGCAGCGGCUCCUCUGAGGCGGCGAUGAUGGCGACGGCGGCCGCGGCGGCUGGCUUCAGGUAGGUGAACUCGCGUCGAGCGGCGGCUCCCCUUCUCCCCUCACGGCGCCCGAGCUCUGGGUUCUCAGCCGGAGCCCGCGGCCGUGACGCGGCGUCGCUGCUUCCCAGGCCCUCGCCGCUCCCCUUCCUCCCUCCCUCCUCCUGGUCUCGUGAAAGCGCUCUGCACGUGUGAACGCAGCGAGUCCCCGGGAUUCUGGGGCGCGAAUACCUAACUAACCGCACGAGGUUAGGAGGAGUUGGCGGCGGGAGUUUGUGCUCGGCGCAGGCCGAGGUCCUGCUGUUCCCUCAUGGCGGGUUUCGCCGCCUUUUUUUUUUGCCUCACGUUGCCGGAGAGCAAGCCGAGCCCCGAGGGCGGGAAUCUUGCUUUUCCCCCCAACUAUGGGAUGACACAGGAAGAGAAAAAGAAAGAGGAUGUCAGUAUAGCCCAAGCAUUGAGCAUGUUAUACUGGGAAAUAAUUGUAUUAAAUAUGAAUAAAUAUUUCAAUGCACAAGUGUGCUUAAAAGAAUGAGAAUUUUAUUUUAUUUUUUAAAUCUCCAUGCCGCUUUAUAUUUUUAAGAAAAAUCCCAAAGCGGUUUGCAGCAUAUUAAGUCAAUAAAACAAUCUGAAGAAAGUCAAAUAUAGAGCAUACAGUUAAAGCAACAUAACAGAAAACGAAAAUAUUAUCUUGGAAGUUUUCAAAAUAGAACAUUACAAAGGAGGUCAACUGCAGAAUACAUUACAAAGGAGCUUCCCCCCUUUUCCAGAAUGAGGCUGGACAGAUAUCUGGAGUUCUCUUCCCUUUCCCAUGCCAAAUUUCUCACUUUCAGUUCAAUUUUAUCCUCACUAGAGUUGAAAACAAAAAUUCUAUUUCCCCAAUUGGGAACAUAUAAAAUAGGUUGGUAGAUAUUUGUGUAACGCCUUCUACUUUCAGUGCUCAUAUAUCACAUAUAUAGGAUUUGUAUAUUAAAUUCUUAGACCUAGCAGGGAAAGUGUCCUUUGGCAGAGGAAAAUGUAUGAAAAAUCUACCGUAUUUUUCGCACCAUAGGACGCAGUUUUUCCAUCUUAAAAACUAAGGGGAAAAGUCUGUGCGUCCUAUGGAGCGAAUGCAGGGGGGGAGGCAGGCAGGAAAAGCCCCCAAGAGCCACACACAAGCUUCGUGCGGCUCUUGUGGGCUAUUCUAGAGGAGGGAGAAGGGACUGACGCGGUCAGUCAGUCCCUUCUCCCUCCUCUAGAAAAGCCUUGCGCAAUCUCUCCAGCCGCGGGGAGGCUGCGCAAGGCUAAAGAGGAAGCCCGGGCAGCGAGCGCGAUCCAUCCCCUCGCUGCCCGGGCUUCCUCCUUAGCCUUGCGCGCCUCUCCAGCCGCGUCCUGUGAUCCGGUGCGUCCAAUAGAGCGAAAAAUACGGUAUGUUAUUGACGUAACAAGAAUAAUGUGUUUUGGUCAUGUAGGAUGGCACAUAAAGAGAAAAGAAAGAGGAUGGCAGCAUAGCCCAAGCAGUGAGCAUGUUGUCGUAUAGAGCAAUUUCGGAAAAUACGGUAAUUGUAUCUGUUUAGUGAAAGGGAAGAGAAGAAGAAAACCCUCUCUACACACACUCACACUUUUUCAUGUAAACAGAUAGAGGGCUACAUAAAUUCAAUGUCACAGACCUUCAUGGCACUAGCCCAGCUUUGAAGAAGUGUAAUUAAUGUUUAGAAAAUGGUGACCCUUUAUAAGCAGCAAAGUAACUUGGAGAAGUCUCUAAUAACAGAUACAGUGGUGCCUCGCAAGACGAAAUUAAUCCGUUCCGCGAGUCUCUUCGUCUAGCGGUUUUUUCGUCUUGCGAAGCAACCCUAUUAGCGGAUUAGCGCUAUUAGCGGUUUAGCGGCUAUUAAAGGCUUAGCGGCUAAAAGGCUAUUAGCGGCUUAGCGGCUUAGAAAAAGGGGGGGAAAGCGAAAAAAAUCUCAAGACUCGCAAGACAUUUUCGUCUUGCGAAGCAAGCCCAUAGGGAAAUUCGUCCUGCGAAGCGCAUCGAAAAACGGAAAACCCUUUCGUCUAGCGGGUUUUUCGUCUUGCGAGGCAUUCGUCUUGCGGGGCACCACUGUAUUUUUACUAAAGCCAAAUUCACAUUUGUGGUUAGUUGUAUCUGAGUUAAUAGGACACAUCUGUCAAGGUGAAACCAGGCAGUUAAAAUAUUUCUUUAUUAAUUUUCAUUAUCCAUUCCAAAUUAAUAAUUUUCUCAGAAUUUGGUUUCCAUUCAUUAGUAAAUGCCAACAGUGAUUCUUCUCAAAUUAGGCAUGUCAACUUUGCCAUCUCAGCUAAAUUCAAUAACUUCAAUAACCAUUUUUCCACAAUAGAUAAUAAUUAGGCUCCAUCUUACUCUUGGAGGUAAAAUUGAAACAGCCUCACAGAGCUGCUUGUCAGUUUUAAAACCAUACAAUUGCAGACGAUGUAACCCACCAGCGAUUUGACAUUACCCCUAAGGGCGCACUCCUCCAUUGUCCCGUAAGACACAUAUUUAGCAAAGCUUUGCUCAGAGUAGGUCCACUGAAAUCAAUGGGAUUUCAGUAAGUCAUGACUACUUUGUACUACUUAUUUAAUUGGGUCUAUUGUAAACAUUAUUCGGCCCUUUGUCUUUUUGCAAAACAUUUUGUCUUUACAAUUCUAUUUGUUUUCAGAACUGUGGAACCUUUGGAGUAUUACAGAAGAUUCUUAGUGAGUACAGUGAGCAUUUGUGUGUGUUAAAACAUUGUUGGCCCUGAAUUUUUAAAAAGUGAGCUAUAUCUUUGAAUUUCAAAAUCAGAUGAGCCAAAAUGGCCUUUUGAUUUUCCAGCACCUUUGGUCUGGAUCAGAAAAUCUUUCCCCGAGGCACCGUGGGAUGAUAUUUGCCUGUUGGGCAUGCUUCUUCCACUUUUCAGACUGCUAGAUUUCCAGUUAGCAUUGGAAUUGGGUCCCUACACAUCAAAUUCAAUGCAAGAAGACCCAAAUUGUUCAGACAUGACAUGUACCAUGUUCAUGUCUUUCUCAGGUAGGAUUUUACAUACAAAGAAAAUCUGGUUGGUGGCUGUCUAAAUUGGCCCUUUGUGGUAGGAAGUUUGUAUCAGAAGUCUCUUAGAAGUGCAGUUGACUAGACUAGAAGCUGCUUGCACAUCUGGUUUAGCCAAUUUUACAGUUUCUUUUCAUAUACCUAGAAGGCAUGGCUUUUUUCCCCACCUGAGUUCCGGUACCUCUUGCACCUCUGUAGCAUUGCAGUGCCGUUUUCUGGCACGGGAGAAGCCCUGCUGGAAGGUCAUGCAAAACCACAACUUCUUCUGUAUCAUUUAUCGGGUAUAAGACAAUGUUUCAUGUAAAAUGAAGACAGUUAAUAACCUUGGAGCUAAUGUCAUAUUGGCUUAUGUAAUAACUGAUACAGGAAUGGGUGUUCCUAUUUGGCACUUUCAUAUUGUCAGUUGUGAGAGAUAGAUUGAAAUUCCAUGACUGUGCCAAACUUUGGACUGUACUCAGAGAUGGGUUUUUAUCUGCUGUGGCCUGAAUUUUUUUUCUACAUAAAUGUGCAUAUAAAACCAAUUUAUAUAAGAAUGUAUGGGAAUAUCAUAUAUUGCAUUUUUGCACAUUAAUAUUUUUUUUAUAUAUAUAUAUGUGUGUGUGUGUGUGUGUGUGUGUGUGUGUGUGUUUGUUUCUCUUCCCCCUUACUGUUCCUUCUUUUUUUCUGUAUCACUUUAUUUCUUUUAAUUGAAAUCACUUCGAUAAAAUAAAAUCUAAAUAACAAAAAAUGUGCAUAUAAUAUGAACAUUCAGGGAAAAAAUGCUUUUGUUCUUGGAUUCUGCCCACACGUCAUAGCAGUCCAUCAAAUGCUGGUCUUUAAGAGCCUGUUUUAGUUAAGCUCUUACAUUGCUAGUGGAUAAGAUUAGUUGCUUGUUUGUGAGACUUGAUGAUCUUUUUAGAAAGAAAACUGCCGUCCUGAUGGAAGGGACCUCGGUGAAUUCAGAACCACAACUGUCAACAUAGGUGAGUGUUUCUUGGUAGACUGGCCGUGCUUUGAAUGUACAGUGGUACCUCGGUUUAAGAACAGCCCUGUUUACGAACGAUUUGGUUUACGAGCUGCAUAAAACCGGAAGUAGUGUCCCAGUUUGCAAACUUUACCUCGGUCUAAGAACGGAAGCUGAAUGGUGGAAGGGCACCGGCGGCGGGAGGCCUCAUUAGGGAAAGCGCACCUCGGUUUAAGAAUGGUUUCGGUUUAAGAACAGACUUCCAGAAUGGAUUAAGUUCGUAAACUGAGGUACCACUGUACUAGAAAAGACAUGGUCUUCUGUAUAUUGCGGAACUUUUCCUGUGGGAACUGAUAGAAGUGUAACACAGAUACAGUGGUACCUCUGGGUACAAACUUAAUUUGUUCUGGAGGUCUUUUCUUAACUUGAAACCGUUCUUAACCUGAGGUACCACUUUAGCUAAUAAGGCCUGCCACUGCCACACGAUUUCUGUUCUCAUGCUGAGGUAAAGUUCUUAACCCGAGGUACUACUUCUGGGUUAGCGGAGUCUGUUACCCGAAGUGUUUGUAAUCCGAGGUACCACUGUACAGAUUUCCUUUUUCUCACCCUAACCAGACAGGUUGUAAUUUAAUUAAUGAUGUAACAAAAAGCAGUUGUCUGACAUCCAACCUUAGCACCAGCUGGCAGGCAAUUCCCCCUAUGAUCUGCCUGUCCAUCACACCCAGCUUUCUCAGUUCCUAACAAGCGAGUUACCCACUACCAGAAUCUCUCCACCCCCUGAAGGAGUAUCCUCAGCAUGAGAGGAUAACUGCUUGCCCCUCAAGGAAUGGAUCCCACCUAAGGGAUCUUUUCCCUUCCUCGAGACUCUCAUUCUCCAUGACAGCAGGGGAACUAUCAUCCUGGGAGUGGGGCAGAGUUAUCUCAUCCCCAACCAGCCUGUCUGCCUCUCUCAGCUUCUCCAGGUCAGCCAACUUGACCUCAAGGGAACAAACUUGUUCCCUGAGGGCCAGGAGCUCAUUGCACCAAUUACACACCCAUGACCCACCUGUCCAUCAGGCAGAUAGUUUUACAUGUGACAAACUGUACUAUGUGCUGGAAAGCCAUCAUACCCCUUGUGGCUUUUAAUUUAUUUUAUUAGUUUAUUGUGUUACUUUAUUUGGGGACUUGGAGUUUGUUCGAAGUGUGGAGGGACAGAGUAGUCUGCCCUGGCCUCUUUCUGCUCAGCACUGCUUAACUCGCCUGUUUGCUUGACGCUUCAUCAGGUGGGGCUCCCUCACUAGGCUGCUCUAGACGUAUAAGCUUCGCUCUCUUCCCCCAGCUGCUAAUACAGCCAAAGGGAUCAGAAAAUAUGGCUCUGAUUCCAGAGAGUAAGAAUUUAAAAGGUGGGUGGCUUCUUGCAGAAUUAUAGAAAGGCAGGGUCACAAGAAAACAAAUCUUACAAAUUUUCUUCAAAAAAAAAUAUUUGGCAAAACUCUUGAGUAUGGAAUGCCUUGACAACUCUGAAUAGCUAAUAAUCUAUUUGUAACCAAUGUCUUAUUCUGCAAGCAGUGUUAGUGCUGCCAGUGUGAUUUGCAAAGGUUAUUUCACAGGAGAAAGCUUUGAUUUUGUUAAAUGGUCUCUUUUUAGGUUCAAUUACAACAGCGGAUGGCUCUGCCCUUGUGAAGUUAGGAAACACAACAGUGAUAUGCGGCAUUAAGGCGGUAGGUUCAUGAAUAGUUUUCUUUUAAGUUAAUGUAGUUUCAGGUUAUACAAUCCUUAUGGAUCCAAUAGGGCCUCAGAACUCUGUAGCAUUUUUUCUCUGCCUUACUCUGUUGCCGGAGUAACAGACUUGACACAGUUAUCCACUUCAGAUGUGACGAAAACCAAUCUUUUCCCAUUAGUGGCAAGCCUUGGCCUCAAUCACUAAGCCAGUCCCCUUCCCUCCUUCAUAUGCAAUGAAGGCUUUUUGUGGUUUGAAAUAAACGGGCGCUCUUGUAUAUCCAAAUAUGGGAAGCUGGCUUGUUCAAACUACAAAUGGUUAAAGGAGGGUCAGAAAGCAUCCUGGUCAUUUAACUGCCUUGAUCACACUUCCCCAUAUUCAGACAUAAAGGAAAACUGGCUUAUGCCUGACCACAAAAGGAAACUUUAAACUUCAUGUGUGAAAGAGGAAAGGGACUGAGGGAAGCACAGAAGUUGAGGCUUGCUAUGGUGCAUUCCCAUAACAAGCAACCAGUUUUCCAUUACUGCUAAGCCAAAUCAGUGUCUUCCAAGGGCCUUCUAUAACUGCUUUCCUGAAGAGCCCAGAGGAUGAAGUGAGAGGGUGGAUAAACGCCCUUGGCUAUCCACAGGUGACAUGCAACUUGUGUUGUAGCUCAUUGAUUGCCGCACAGAGCACUUUUUUUGCUACAAGCAGUAGAAAUGCUGUGUUGAACCACCAUAGUGUCUACAAAGCACUAUCCACCAGAACUGUUCAGGGUAGGAAUCGCUGACUACGCCUGAGGCUGUCUCUGCCCAUUUGGCAGGCUGUUUGGAUAAUGGAAUACAGUGGUACCUCGGGUUAAGUACUUAAUUCGUUCUGGAGGUCCGUUCUUAACCUGAAGCAGCACUUUAGCUAAUGAGGCCUCCCGCUGCCGCCACGCCGCCGGAGCACUAUUUCCGUUCUCAUCCUGAAGCAAAGUUCUUAACCCGAGGUACUAUUUCUGGGUUAGCAGAGUCUGUAACCUGAAGCGUCUGUAACCCGAGGUACCACUGUACUUGGAUAUUGCCUACAGGGGCAGGAGGCAGGUGUGCAACAUUUGAUAGCCAGAGAGAAACAGUGUGUGUGUGCGUAGGCCACAUUUCCUUGGAGGACAUCUCACAAGGACUGCAUGGCGGCAGUGGGUGGAGGUGGAGCCAAAAGUGCAAAGGGCCCAGAGCCACUCCUCUCCGCCCUCUUUUUCUCUUUCUCCCCCAUCUCUUUAAGCUUAACUGGUGCAGUAGGGGGAUUUUCAGGAAGCUUGCAGCACAAGGGCGCAGUGGGAGCUAACCUCUGCUCAUUUGCCUUCCCCACAACAAUUAGGGUUAAAAAUCAGCCUCCGUAGAUGCCAGUUGGUUUAAGAUGUUGUGUGGAGGAGAAACUACAGGCUGGAUGCAGGAACAGGCCCAGGGUGGGGGGACGACCUGUCUGAUCCAUGUAUCAGAAGCACCGCCCACUUCAAUUUAGAGUCAUUGUGUGUUUGGAAUUUUUACCUCUGCUAUUUUUAAAUUUUCAGAGUUAAAUGCUGUGCGUUUUGCAAUUCGCUAGAAGCUGGGUGGGAUAAAAUGUUAAAACAUCAAGAGAAUUUGGAGUUACCUGAAAACGGUUAGAAUCAAAAAUUAGUCCCACGUUAAAUCAUAUGGCAUGAAAAAGAUUAAAGUGUUAUACUUGGAUAGGAAAAAGCCCCCAGCCUGCUGUUUACAAUGUUUCCAUUUAAAUUUAUUACAUCAUGAAUAAAUGAGAAUGCAAUACUUGAAAUGCCAUUGGUAUUUUAAUGCAUGUGUACAUUUUGUCAUUAAAAUAAUGAACUGCUUUAAAUAUUUGUAAAACAUAGGGAAAAUAGUGAUCACCAAAUCUGCGUUGAACUUAAGAAAAGGUCAAGAAAAACUAGUUCUAAACUUCUAGUUCUAAACAUUUCCUCUUAACAUUUUGCAUACAGGAAUUUGCAGCACCCCCUAUUGAUUCCAGUAACAAGGGAUAUAUUGGUAAGGUUUGGUUAGUUACUAUUUUCCUGAAACGACAAGUGAUUUUGUUGAUUCUCUAGUGAUUAGAAUGAUACUUUGGCAAUUCCAUUUGAAUUCAUGGUACUCCUGAUGUUUUACAAUAUUACGCUUAUUCUGAAAUGUAAUUAGUGUAUUGGUGUAUACAGUACUUGCAUUUUACACAGUAGCGUAGUUAAGGAGGGGCAGGGGGCGGUCUGCACUGGGCGGCAGCUUCCAGAGGGUGGCCAAACCGUGGGACAUGCGUGGCACACAGCCUGCAGGGUGCCCCAGCCGCCUCCUCCCGCUCAACCAUGGCCACCCUCCAGCGGGCCCAGCACUGCUGGAAAAAACAGCAUGGGGCGUGGUGCUGGGAGGGCACUCAGAACACCCUGCCCCCGUGCGCAGCGCGCACCCCCCCCCCGCCCCAAGCGGCUUGCUAUGCUGCUGAUUUUACACGGAUUAUCUUGCAGUAAAAGUACUAAUCCUAUGCAUGCCUACUGGUAAGCAAUUUAUUUUUAAUUAGCACUUUUCAGGCAGUUUACAAAAACACAAAAAUUUACAAAUGAAGUAAUUUCAAAUAAAGCCCACAAAAUUCCACAGAGAAAUGUAUUUAAUAGCCGUCCCGCCCUGCCCUCCUUGGCUACGCUCAUUGGGGGGGGGCACAGGCAGGAAACAAGGUCAAAAGGGGGCCAUGGUCAGAAAAAAGUUGGGAAACACUGCUCUAUCUAACAGCAGCUUAAACUAUUUUGUAGAAUAGUACUCUACUUUGUAGCUUCUAGUGAAGCUUCUUAUUCCCCCACCACUUCAAACCUUGCACUUUAAUAAAAUUUAGAUAGCCUUUUUGUUUCAUUCUCCACUAAUAAACAACCAAGUGAGAAAUGUGUUUCAAACUAGAUUUAUUCAAUUUGCUUUUUGAUUCACAAUUUCCCCCCCUCAGUUCCUAAUGUGGACCUUCCUCCACUCUGUUCAUCAAGGUUUCGACCUGGACCUCCAGGGGAAGAGGCUCAGGCAGCUAGUCAAUUCAUUGCAGAUGUGAUUGAAAAGUAAGAAAUGUUAUUUUUAAAAAUUUUCAAUAAAAAUGGGGAGAUCAAAUGGAUUUUUGUCUUCAUUGCAUUACUGGUUUAGUUCACAGAUGGUUCAGAAAGAAGACCUGUGCAUUGUAGAGGAGAAGGUAAGUAAAAGUUAAGUCUUCAUGAAGAAUAUUAAUUGGGGAGUGAUUUGAGGACUAGUUGGGCACCCUUGAACCAGUUCAGCUCCAGCUCACAUAAAAAUGUUUUAAGUGUUAAGUUAAUGAAUUAUUGUGAUAUCUUCCUACUCCUAAUAUUAUGACAGGGAGCUUAUAACCCAGAGGUAACUAAUAUGGUGUUCUCCAGAUUCCACCGGACUACAACUUCCAUAAACUCCCAAGUCCACAUUUAACUAUAUAAUAAAGCUCAACAACUUUGGUCAAUCCAAUGGGUAGAUCACGGCCAGUUUUUUAAUAGUGGGAGUAGAUCGCAGUCUCUUGGGAGUUGGACAUGCCUGCAAUACAGUAUAAUACAGAGAUGCCUGGGGAAAGAAAAUGGUGCUGAAAUCUAAGCAACUUCAUAUGGGAAAAGGUGGUCCUAAGCUGCACAAAGGCCUUAAAGGUCAAAACCAGCACCUUGCAUUGGGCCUGGAAACAAAUUGGCAGCCAGUGCUCUUGUGCAAGAACCAGUGAAUGUUUAUAACGUUAUAGUGCAUUGUUAUAGUUAUAGUACAAUAUAGCUGUAUUUCGUUGUGUACGUUUACAGACUGGGACUUUAGUUUUCUGGGUAAUGGCCUGUGUUUUUUAAUUUGUUUCAGUCUUAGUUUUUGGGAAAGUCCUGUGAAGGAACACAUUGACUUACUUACGAGAGUGUUUUUCAAACCUUUUCACUCUUGUGAUGCCCCUUAAGAGCCUUUUCAGUAUUUAAAUUAACAGAGCUUAUUUCCUUAGAUUGCUUGGGUUCUAUACUGCGACAUUAUAUGCUUAGACUAUGAUGGAAACCUCCUGGAUGCCUGUAUGUGUGCUUUACUAGCAGCCUUAAAAAAUGGUAAGUUGCCCCGUUAUAGUUGCAAACUUUAAACAAUUGUAGAUUGUGCCAUCCAGUAUUUUUAAAAGUAUGCAGUGAAUUUCCUAUGAAGGCCUGAACCUUGUAGUAGAGAUGUAAGCCAACUGGGUAGCAAUUGAAUGUCCACUGCUGCUGGCAUCACUGCUCUGGUUCCCUUUUUCCAGUGCUCCUCUGAAGGUUAGCAGCUGCAAUUUUAAUUGCCUACAAUACCCUCGAAUUAUGCUGUUACACUAAUAUAAAGUUGGAUCCCCAACCUUCAUGAGAGUUGUGGCACUACCAGGGUUGCCAUAUGCCCAGAUUUUCCUGGACAUAGCUGGAAUACUGCAGUUGGCAGCAAUGCCUGGGUGGAAAUCAGGUAAAAUGUCUGGGAAAAUCCGGACGGAUGGUAGCCCAUGUUGGCAGUGCCGUUUCCCCAUAAAAAUAGCUCAGAAAUUGCCAUUUUUGAAAAGUGAUUUUGCCCAUUUAAAAAAGCUCAACAACUUUUCUGUCCAGAUUUUCACUGUUUGAAAUAUGGCAACCCUAGGCACUAUAUCUUCACCAUUUGUUCUCCUCAGUAAGACCACUUACCCAUCCAGCAGACAUGCCUGGAGGCGGCGUCUCACAUUGCAAAUCCUUCUAACCCCACAAGAUGUACCUUUGCAGGGGGAAUUGGCUGCCCCACAGAUGAGAGGUAGGGGCUGUUAGCUGGCAGGGCCUGCCAGCCUGCCUGCCUAAAUGAGUCCUGUCAUGAAGGGGCAAAGUGAAUUUUUGGGUCUCGUAAACACAUGCUAUAGAUGCUUUAAUCUACCUCAUGAAAGGAGAGUUGAUAUCCAACUUAUUCAACAGGGAGGGUCUGAGAUGGUAAACCUUUGGGGUAUAGGAAAGGUUUGGCCUUAAGAUCCCCUAUCUCUGUGAAAUUAUUCAGAGCUGGCUAUUGAAAGGGGAUAAAGCUCCCAUUGUUCUCUGUAUUGUAAUGAUUGCAAAAUGUGAAACUUGAGGUUUCCCCCUGCAAGAUGAUGUGCAGUUUCCAGGGUGGAACCUGGAGACAGACAGCUGAGUAAUGGCUUAAUCCUCAGGAAGUUUCAGACUGGGACAGAAGACAGAACAUUAGGCACCCCGGGUAUUCAGAUUUUUGUUUUAAAUAAGUUUUUUAUUGAACUUUUUUCACAAAAACAAAGUAAUACAAAAUCACCGUGGUGGCACAAAGCAUGAGAAAAAUGUGGUAGACAAUGAUGGCUACAGUAACAAAAAGACAAACAAAACUAAAAAAGGUUAGUUGCAGGUCUGGCCAAAACUACUGAGUCAAUCCAAAAGGACAGAUGGGAUGUUGGAGCAUAUUAUCUUUUGUUAUUAACCUACAUAUCAAUUAAAGCUGUAUCUAACAGAACUUAUCUAUACUUAUUUCUCCCCUUUCUUUCUGAUCUGGGUGGAAUUUGCUAUUUUGUUUGGGGACAGAAGGCACAGUCUUGCCUUUGUCCUUCGUUUGCACAAGGACUUCCCAGUGCCUUCACCUCAGACAACUUGGUUUCCUUUUAGGGAACAGAAGCCAAGUUAGAUCUUGAAGCUGUAUUCAUGUUUCCUAACUUCAGCCGUAGGCAUUAGUUGCUAAGGACCAGGCUGCAAAGUGGGGAAAGUCGAGGGUGGCAUCAGUAAUGAAAGCUAUUGCUUAGUGAGUUUCUGAUACAUUCUGCAAAGCCUGGCUGCAUCUUGGUUCAGAUUUUCUUUUGGAUCAUUCAGCAAAGAAGGAAAGCUUAUGCAAACAGGGAACCUGAAGAGGCGCCUCUGACAAAAGUGGAUGCCUUGGGUUCCUGCUGUAAGGUGGCCUGUCUGCAUUUUUCUCCUUUCAAAACCUCAUUCCCAUUCAUAGGCAGAGUGGUAUGAGAAAAGAGCUGCUGUGGGUACUUCAAGCAGUGAUAUUAAGGUCCUCCAUGGUCUGCUCAAGGAUGGAAAGCCUUUGAGCAAAGUUACUGGAUUUCUUACUUAGUAAAGGGGCAACCCAUUUCACCUUGAGUACAUUUAAUACUUUUACUUCUUGCUGGAAUUUGGAUUCCAGGAAAAAAACAAACUGAUUUCUCAUGGGAAGAGGAUUCUGUGCUGUAGUAUUGGUUGUUGGGUCAACCUGAGAACCCAGUGGUUGAGUAGGUUGAUUGUUGGGUCAGUGAGAGGAUAAAUCUCUGGGCAGCAAAACUGAGGAUCUGGGGAAUAAUAAGCAACUAUCUCAAAGGAAGGAGCCUAUGCACUAUAGCUUUCCCAGAAUCAAGUCUAUGCUUUAACCUCCUGUGGGUCUUCCCCUUGACAGGAGAUGGUUCAGAGAACAAUGAGGAAAGGGCUGCACUUCUAUGAGCAUUUGUCCCUUACCUUUUACUCUGUAUGGAAACCUAACAGCAAUAGCAUCUUUUAAAUUGGGAGUCUCAGAAGUAUUAGAAUUCUGUAGGAGCAGGUACCUCUUGCCAAUCAGUUUGUUGUUCCCUUUGUAGCAUUGCCAACAGUCAGGAACAUAUGGGCUUAUGGAAUGUUCCUGUGCCAUUUGGUGGCCAGGAAAAUACUGAGAUUUGAUUGGUAUUGGAAUGGCACUGCAACAUUCAUCUAGAGGCAGAACUAGGCUGGGCGGUGCUGGAUGAGUCCUGGCAGCCCAGUGCGUGUGGGAUUGUUGCAAGAGACUGUUGGACAAUGAGCGAUCUGCAGUUUGACCUUAGCUGCAGAAUGAUGCCUGGUUGGAAUAAAGAGUUAAAAAGGAGGUGCUAUGAGAUGAAGUUGAAAAGGGAAUGAGCGAAGAGGCGUUGGGUUUUUGUUUGAAAAGAAUGCAAGACAGGAAAGUGGGAAAAGCAAAGAUGGUGUUAAGAGAGCAAUGUGAGUAAGAGUAGAGGCAGCUUGCGUGCUGGAGAAGACAGGAUUGCUUCAGCUUGAAGCAAAAGAAAGGAGAUGAAACUGAAGGAGCAGCAGGAAAAGGGGUCAGCAAAGCCUUCAAGCAAGCUGAAGAAGCAAUAACGCAACUGAGAAGCAAAAGUACCCGGCUUUGUAUUGACCCAGUCUCUCACAUACUCCCCCCCCCCUCAUUUGUGUCCCAAGUCUUGUAAGUCUCACCUGCCAAAAUAGAAAUAAAAAACCACAAAUAGCUUUGAAAUUUUAACCUAGCUCAAAUCCUGCACUGUGCAGUAUCCUGGCAUUUCCCCCAGUUGCUCUUUUGCAGUUUGGAAAAAGAAUAUGAUCAUUUCUAUUCCCCCACCCAGGGGGUGGGGGAGAUACAAAGACAAUUUAAGACUCUGCCAGUAGGGUAAGGAUGGAGGAAAACUUUGUGUUCCUACAUCUAUUUCCAAGUGUGGUUUCUCUCUUUUUGGUUUAAAAAACAAUUUCUUUUUUUUUUUUCAAAGGGAGAGGUUCUGUUUAAAUCAGGAGGAGGUCUUUUGAUACAUUGGCCCUAUGGACACCAGAGCUCUACCUUUGGAUAAAUCCAAUUUAUCCUAUGGCUCCUGAGAUGCCUUUUCAGAGACCCAAGGCACCUUAAAUAUCUUACUUUACACCUCAGUUCCAGUUGCUUAAUGACAAAUACACAGUAAUCAAGCAUUUCUAUAUUUUUCCAUACUUCUAAGUCAGAAACAUACUGCUGCAUAUUACUUUCUCUUCAUUGUCACAUAUUCCUUCCAGAAUGCCCCUAUUCCUCCCUUAACAAAAAAAACCCCUCCCUUUAAAGGAAGACCUCAGUUCUGCUUUCUCAAUAAUUGCUUUUGUUAUUUCAGUCCUUUUACCUGCUGUUACUGUAAAUGAAGAAACGGGGUUAGCAGAAGUUAACUUCAAAGAGAAGACUCCUCUAACUAUUAAAAAGCAACCAGUGGCUACAUCAUUUGUGCUGCUUGAGUAAGUAUCCACAAAGUUUCCUAAAGCAUGUUAAAUGUGAAACGGGACUGUGGAGAAUAUUGGGGGCAGGUACCAUGUUAUAGCUCUUGUGUGAUGGUUUUGCUUCUUCAGUGUUUCUGAGAGCAUCAGCUUGGUAAAACCUUCACUGUAUAAACCAUUCUAUGAUUUUAUUAUUACUUUUAAUCACCCUCUUGUAAGAACCUAGUUUUAUUUCAAGAUUAGUCUACUGUUGGAGCUUUCUAAUAAUUAUUUCAAGGAGUAUGUAAACGAGCAAAACAGCUUUGCUGUUCUUAACUCUCAUAUGCAUUAGACUCUCUCAGAAUAGCACUGAACUGUGUAAACCCAUGCAAAUUACUGCAUAAUUCUUCCUGUAUCUUGCAAGCAACAUGUCUGUACCUCUUAUAUGAAAUCACUCCAACUUUUGCAUUUUUGUGUGUCCUCAAAAGCACAGUAAUAAUUGUUGACCCAACUGCAGAAGAGGAAGACCUGGCAACUGGGAAUCUAACGAUUGUAACUGAUGAAGAAGGCAAACUGUGUUCUGUUUAUAAGCCAGGUACUGUGCCAAACUGUAAUGACUCUGCGGAUUGGUCAACUAAUCAGUCUUUCAUUAAAAGUAUUUGGCAAACCGCAGUUCUGCAAUGAACACACAGCAUAUUUUAACUGCACUUAUAGCUGCCCCAAAGCGCUAUAUUCAUUUUCAUCUCCAUUUUAAGUAUUGCUUUACUCCAUGAAAUUGUAAUAUGCAACAGGUUUCACUCAUUAGUGUGGCAGCUCUCAAAUCUGCUCUUUUUUAAAGCCAAUGUGAUAGAAAUGUUAGAAUUAUACUGACAUUGGUUUUUCCCCCCUAUUUCCUUUUAAGGAGGAAGUGUAAUAACAGGCACAAAGCUUCAAGACUGUAUCAGCCGGGCAACAGUACGGCACAAAGAAGUGAAGAAACUAAUGGAUAAAGUGAUCAAAAGCGUACAACCAACAUAAACAAUGGGUCUCUUAAGUAAUUUGUAAAAAGUGUAUUUGCUAUGUUGCACAAACUCCUUAUCUCAGAGACUACAUUUAUAAAUUUCAAAAUAUCAGUCCACCUUGAAAUAUGUACAAUACUGCAAACUGCUUCUUAAAAUAUUAUGACUUUUUAUAAAAAAACAAUUUUUUGUUAGGGAAAUAAAUCUUGUUCUUCAGGAUUUGUUGUUGUCAAAUGCAAUCCUACAUGCUUCAGUAUAACCUCAACAUUCAAUUUCCCCAGAAAAUUAUAUUUUUCUAUUUUAAAACCCCCCUUUAAAUUUAAAUAUACAUUCUAUCUCAAAUGCAGAAUCACUGAGGUGCUUCUCUUUGUUUUUUGACUGCCUGCCUGAAUGAUGGUGUCGUAGUUGAGGUGCUUGUGCUGCUGCCACCGCCAUAACCAUUUGAAGGUGCAAGAAGCGUAACUGCUGUCAGGAAGGAGAAAAGAAGAAACUUUUUAGAGCUGAGAUUUCACUUCAAGAAAAAAUGAUGACAUGAUACAUCAGGGGGUUUCCCCCCCAUGUGAGACGUUCGAAAUAAUUAGAAAAUAUAUGGCUUUCACUUGUCUUCACAAGAAGGCAAGAACAAAAAUUUUGAUAUAUUCAAAAAUGAAUUUUGGAACUUAAAAAAUCAAGUUGCCAGUUUUUAAAGGCUUGGCUUAUCACAGGAGGAAAACAAGUCAGCAAGACUUCUCACUAUGGUAGAUGCAGGGAGCUUUUUGGAGGACCCAGCUGUUUUAUUUCCUUGAAUCUUGUGGCCUGAUUUGGGCGGGUGGGUGUGACCAUUCCUUCUGAAUCAUAGUUUUCCAGUUGACUGAUAGGUGGGCUGCCCUGUCCACCAGUCAAAAGUGCCUGUCGGGUGAGGGGAGAUAGCAACCAAGCAGGUUUCGACUCGCCACAAAUAAGCCAUGUCUCCCAGUAUACCUGAAGGAGCAUCUCCAUCCCCAUUGUUCAGCCUGGACACUGAGGUCCAGCUCUGAGGGCCUUCUGGCGGUUUCCUCACUGUGAGAAGUGAAGUUACAGGGAACCAGGCAGAGGGCCUUCUCGGUAGUGGCACCCGCCCUGUGGAACACCCAUCAGAUGUCAAAACAAUUAUCUGUUUUUUUAGAAGACAUCUGAAGGCAGCCCUGUUUAGGAAUUUUUUUAAUGUUUUAUCAUGUUUUAAAUAUUCUGUUGGGAGCUGCUCAAAGUGGCUGGGAAAACCCAGCCAGAUGGGCAGGGUAGAAAUAAUAAAUUAUUAUUUUUAUCUUAUCCCUGUCCCACAUGAUGCCCAGUGGACAAGGUUUGGUGAAAACAGGUUAGAUCUUGCCUGUCUCUGCACCACAGUUUGAUUAGACAGGUCAUAUACCAUGCAGUCGGAGCACUCUUGCUUACAUAAUUCAGUGCAGUCAAAAUAACCUGCCCUGUCCACUAUAUGUGGGAACACUGAGGACAGCCUUGCCAAUGGCUUUUGUAACCACUUGUGGUAGUUAGUUAGCAAUUUCAGUAUGAAUACACUCUAGAUCAAUUAUUUUUUUCACACAAAUGGCAGCCACUGUUCACACAUUUUAUAUAGAAAAAACAUGCUGCUGCAGUCCCACUUGUGUGUGGAAGGUAAAACAUAAGCCAGAUCACCAAGCCUUCAGAAAUGAUGGGGAUCUGUGUCAACGCGGUGGUCAGGUGGAGGGGGUUUGUGUUAAGCACUGGGAAAUGUUUUCGGACAAGGAAGCCUAGAAAGAGGAUGGGCUCUCUCUGAACCAAAACAGAGGCAAGCCGUAGGAAAUGAGUAUCAAAAAGUUGCAGAGCAGCUUUUAAAACUUGGCUCAUACAGAAAACGGACAGCAGCUCUUCAGCAUGUGGUUUGGGGAUUAUUAUUCCAUAGGGGAUGAGGAUGAAAAUGUUCCAGGUAUUCCAAUGAGGACAUGCUAGAAUGGGGAAAUGAGUGUGCAGUAAGAUGCAACACCCAUAUGUAAAUAAACUGAAGGUCUGCAAGGGAAAAUGCAUUUAAAGAUGGACACAGUAGUAACAGGUUUCCGCAAGGGGAGUGCUGGAAUGCUUUUAAAUGAGCCCAUAAACAGAGUAGAUGUAAUGGAAACCUGGUGGAAUGGAGGGAACCAAUGGGAUAGGGCUAUUCCUGGAGGAGUAUUGGUGGUAUCAUGCUGUAUGACAAAGAAGGUAUAGAGCAUGGGUAGGCAAACUAAGGCCUGGGGGCCGGAUCUGGCCCAAUCGCCGCCUAAAUCCGGCCCGCGGACAGUCCUGGAAUCCGCGUGUUUUUACAUGAGUAGAAUAUGUGCUUUUAUUUAAAAUGCAUCUCUGGGUUAUUUGUGGGGCAUAGGAAUUCAUUAUUUUUUUUCAAAAUAUAGUCUGGCCCCCCACAAGGUCUGAGGGACAGUGGACUGGCUCCCUGCUGAAAAAGUUUGCUGACCCCCUGGUAUAGAGCACAGGUAGAAAAAACCUGACCUCCAGGGCAACAGUGGUUAAGAAACAAAACUGCAGCAAAAUAGCCCUGUAAGGAUGCUUGAGCAACAUACCUGCUGCUGCCUGAGGCUGCAUAAAAUUCCCUACUCCGGUCAGGUUGACUACAGUUGACUGCUGAGCUGAUAAGGUCUGGUCUUGAUUCGUGGAAGCUUGAUCAGAACCCUAGCAAAGAGAGAGGAGGUUAAUAGGUAAAAAAGGUAACGGACCCCCGGAACGGUUAAGUUAAGGCAGUUAAUACCGGAACACUCGGCACUGGACAAUGUUCUUGAGAACAUAAGAAGAGUUGCUUUCUUGGUGGCCGGCCAGCUGCCUAUGGGAAGCCCCAAAUCAGGGCCUAAGCACAAAGCAUUUAAUCUUCCUCUGGAAAAACAACAACAAUACUCUUAGCUAUAGCAAGAGUACAAGAGCUAUCGGCCAUAUAACUGAUGAGGACCAUAAGGUAAUUUCCAAAGUACUUUCUAGGAUGGUGCACAACGAAGAGUGGUUUCCUGCAAGCUAUAGUGUGUAAAUUAGGAGUCAGUCUCAGGAAUGUGGACUCCUACUCCUCCAUAGUGACAUCUCCCCUUUCCAGCAUUCACAGUAUUUCUCUCUUAUGUGGGUGCUGAUGGAAGCAAUGGUUAACAUAAACACAGAUUACCCAUAACCACAGUUCACAGUGGGGUGUGCAUAACGCGAAACUGGUGAAUUCUGAGAAGCGGGGGUGGAGGAAAGUCCUCAAAACAUUGAUUCUCAAAUUGCAAACCAUGGUUUGCAUAGAGCCUGGGUUCCAUCUAUACCAGCUCUCUUGUUGUCUGUGCAGUCUGUUCGUGGACUAUUAAGAUGCUAUCCAAGAAGGACCACCAUACCAUUUCCCUGUUCAAAGCAAGCUUCUACAAGAAAAAGAUGAGUCUAUGAACACUUCUAAAAGCUUAUUACUCACAGGAAACUUUCAGCUACCUAUGGGAAGUACCAACUCUGGAAAUUAUGCCCUACAGUGAACAACUAUCUAGUUGAUAUUGCUGCCCAAGUAGCAAUUUUAACAUACCCAGAUAUAAAAAAUAUUUCUCUCACUUGAAUCAACCUCAUUGCAUGACAACAAUUUCAGCAAAACUUAUGUGGCUGUUUGCUCAUCAGUAUCAUGCCAAAUAAUGCAUGCGAUUAUGUUUUUUUAUUGGGUUGUAUCUAAUGAAGUCAUCCCAUUUGGACAAGGUCUUUUGCUUAUGCAACAGGAUUUCCUCUUCCUUGUUUGUAUGUGAUGCCAAUAAAAGGUUUGAUGAUG